UUGAGACCGUUGUUUAUAAUGGCGAAGCAAUAUUAUUUGAUAUCGCCAAAGAAACAACUCUUUUAUAAGAUCAUAUUCCUUAUACUGUGUGCAUUCGGCGGCGCGAGGCACAAUUGGUGGGCUUUGGAGUUGCAUAAGAAAAUUGGAGUUUUAGUGGACAUCCACGGCACGUUGUCCAGAGUGCUGUCUCCUUUAGCAGUUGUAUUGCUUGUCCUGGCUUUCAUUGAUUAUAAAACCCUGAGUUUUUAUAUAUUGGGUAUCAUGUGUUCCAUCUUGCCAGUCGCCAUGGUUGUGUUCAUAAAAAUAAUGUCAGCCUAUCUCAAAAGCUACCAGAAAUUAAUGAACGAUUUUCUCGAUAAAAUACAUCUCCACAGUUUUUAUAUGAGGAAUAAAGAAAGCUUCACAAAAUUGACUCUAUUAGAAGUGGAGAAGUACACCAGACUCACCUUUUACUUCCUCGGUGGAUUCCUCUCGAUCGACUGGAUAUCUUGGAUAGUAAUACCCGUAAUUAACAACGUGAAAAAUAGGGAAUUUGUUUUGAACAAGACAAUGAAACUACAUUCUUGCUUGUACUUAUGGAUGCCUUUCGAUUAUUAUUAUGAUUACAACCGAUGGUUUUUUAUGCACUGCCUUAGUGGAUAUUUGGCUUUUGGUGGGUGUGCUAUAGUCACUGUCUUCGACACUAUAAACUUCGCCUUCGUCUUUCACCUUAUUGGGCAUAUAAAGAUAUUAAAACACAGUAUUAAAGUGAGGUUUGCAGAAAAUAAUAUGAGCGCAGAAGAACAGAAAAUGAGUUUGAUUGAAGUCAUUAAAGCACACAAUUUUAUUGCUAAUACAUUUAAAGAAAUGCAAGCAGCGUUUGGUAUAAACGUUGCAGGGAACUAUUUGCAGAAUUUAUUGGAGGACAGCCUUCUGUUAUACCAACUGAUGUUUUCGGAGAAGGGUGAUAAAAUCCCGUACGGAAUAAUGUUCAUUGUGUAUGUUGGAGAACUUUUCAUAAUGUCCUUUAUCCUGGAGGAGGUUCGAAGGCAGAGUGACGACUUACCAGAAGUGUUGUACAAUAUCCCGUGGGAGAAUAUGUCGCUGUCCAACCAGAAGAUGUUCAGGCUGGUCCUACUGAGGGUCCAACCGACAAUGUGGUUCAAGGCUGCGGGCGGUCUCAGAGCUGGCAUUAAACCUAUGAUGUCGAUAAUGAAGUCAACAUUUUCCUAUUAUGUUAUGCUGAAAUCGAGUGUGGAAAACUAGAAGCAAUUAAAACAGCUAUUUAAAAUGAAUAAAACCGUCAUCAAGCAUUCAAAAACGCUGUUCUUGUCGGUGGCUAUCUGCCAUUGAUGUUAUCUCCGUAUACGACACGCUGUCUCUUUCAGCCCAUCCGUGAAUCCUUAGUGGCUUUUUUUCCUUCUCUU